AUGGCUCGAGUAUCGGGGAGAGGUCUGGCGACUCUUCUGCUCUUUGCUGUCGUCAGCUUGCAGUGCGUGGCGCAAGUCACGCCAGCUUAUACCGGGUAUCAGCAGUUGGUAGCGAAGCUGACGAAGAAGAAAUACACCACCGCUCUUGCCGCGUGGCAAACGUCUGGCCUGAACAACACGCUGAAAAAGUACCUGCCAACGGCCAAGAUGACGGUGUUUGUGCCGCGCAACAGUGCGUUUGACAAGCUCACGGGCAGCUUCCAUUAUUCUAAACUCAAGAAGAACCGGCCUGCGCUGCUCCAAGUCAUGUCCUUCCACGUCCUGAAGCAACGCUUCUACGACUCCACGCUGCAGGCACUCAAAGUGGGCACGCAGUUUGGCACCCUGGAUUACAAGUUUGUGAUGGUGAAGGCAGGCACCAAGCCGGCAAGGUUCACCAAGCUUGGAGCUACGGGGGGGCUCCAGAUUGUCGAACCAGACCUGUAUGUCGAUCCGCAGGUCAUUGUGCAUGGCGUUAACACCGUCAUCAUCCCACCCAAGAUCCUAUAA